UUUGUGCAAAUACAAUAGGCUACCUGGCCUUGCGGUGGCUGAAUGCAGAUAUUAAGAUGUGGCUGACUGUUAGACCUACAAUUGAUUUUCCUGCAGCUGUUUUGACCUAAAAUGGCGACACCAUCGGUUCCAAAUCGCUAACGCAUUGAAGUACAGUAUUGAGUACAUAUUAUCAUUGGGACACUGCGUUGUCCGCCUUUUGAUGGCAUGACAGCCUGAAUGAAAAACAACUAAUUUAGAGCUUCUGUGAUGCAGACUAUAUUCCUCUUGUGACUAUUCCUAAUCUACAUUUGGAUGCAUUUUAUGCUGCUGCGUAAAUGCAGUGACCAAUGCUGCAGUCAGAUCACAUAUACCCCAAUUUAUUCAUUUUCGUCUAGGCCUAUUUCUAUAUUGAUCAUGAGCAUCAGAAAAAUGCAGAAACCUUUAUGACCCCGAAAUGAGAAUAGGCUAAAAUAAAUCUGAAUCAAAAGGCUGAUAAUUAGACUGUUUUUAUAAACCGAGCAGCACUAAAUGAAGUUGUCUCACGUGUUAUUUUUCAUUGAGUUUCUUGCACACAGAAACAAUACGUCAAUUGUAGGCUAUUUGUUAGGCUAUCUCCUGCAUGAUAGGCUACAGUCCUGUAGAACCAACCAAACAUUAUUGUUUUGUUAUAGCUUGGUAAGAAAAAUUGUUGCAAUCAAUUCAACACAUCGCUUGAUCUAACGUACCCAUUCCUCAUUUGAGGACUACGUUGGAAGUGUUCCGUCAAAGUAGGAAAUACAUUUCUAUUGGUCAAGCGAAACUAAUCUCCUAGCAACGGCUUGGGCAGCGUUCCAAUUAGAAUCUCAAAUGAACUUUAAAAAUCCUCAAGCUAGAAUGUAGGAUGAUUGGCCUGCCAACCAUGCAACUGUGUAGCGUUUACCGUUUCCUUGAACCAAUAACGUUACGCGAGAGCGUUACAUUGUUGCAGAGAGGGGCGUUUAUGAGUUUCCUUCAUAACUCGGUUUGGGCAGAGUACCGAGCACAUCUCCUAUGCGGGCAUUUAUUUUUUUCGUCGCUAAAUCAGUUCACGUUUUAUUUGUCAUAUCAGUAUAUAUUGAGAGAUUUCGUUAACUGAGACGGACGGCUGACACAUUUAUAGCCCUUGCCCAACAAAGCAUUAUGCUAGGCUAUUAAAAAAAAUUUUUCACACUUUCUAUGGUUUCUGAGUGGUAGUCUAUACCACAUGCAGUUCGCUUCAGUGGAGCGUUUUAAUUUCACGGGAUAUAGAAAAUAUAUUUUGUUUAACCUACUGAGUGUGUAUGUUACUGUGCUGAUCUGUGCCUAUGACAGACGUUUAAGUUAUUAUUUAGGUGCGUCUAUAAAGUAAAGACGGCAAGCAAUUGCCGUUGAACUUGAUUUGGUAACUUAUUGUUGGCUCAAGUCGCUUUCAGAAUGACCGAGGACAAUGUCACAAGUAAAAGCAUUGAAAUCGUCAAAGAUCAACUGUAUUUCGCCAUACUGCAGCAGAAGAUUAAAAGCACAGCUGACAGACAUUUCUUCUGCAUAGACGAAGAGCUGUCAUAUGAGAACUUCUAUGCAGACUUUGGCCCGCUCAACCUGGCCAUGUUCUAUCGCUUUUGUUGCAAACUCACUAAAAAGCUCAAGUCAUUCACACUAGCAAAGAAGAAGAUAGUCUUCUAUACCUGUGGAGAUAAUAAGAAACAAGCCAAUGCUGCCUAUCUUAUUGGUUCAUAUGCAGUGAUGCAUUUGCAGAAGACGCCAGAGGAAGCCUACAGUCUACUGGUGUCCAGGAACUCUACCUACCUGUCCUUCAGAGAUGCCUCUUUUGGAACUUGUAUGUACAAUCUGAACAUUCUAGACUGCCUGCGCGCCAUAUACAAGGCUCUGCAGUUUGGCUGGCUUGAUUUCUCCCAGUUUGAUGUGGAGGAAUACGAGCAUUAUGAGAGAGCAGAAAAUGGAGAUUUCAACUGGAUUAUUCCUGGAAAGUUCCUAGCGUUCAGCGGCCCUCAUCCAAAAAGCAAAAUAGAGAACGGUUACCCUCUCCAUGCCCCCGAGGCCUACUUUCCUUAUUUCAGGAAACACAACAUCACAGCCAUCGUCCGUCUCAACAAGAAGAUGUACGAUGCCAAGCGCUUCACUGACAUGGGCUUCGAGCACCACGACCUCUUCUUCGUGGACGGAAGCACGCCAAAUGAUGCCAUCGUCAGGAAGUUCCUCAACAUCUGUGAGAAUGCAGAUGGAGCUAUCGCUGUUCACUGCAAAGCGGGUCUGGGUCGAACAGGCACUCUGAUAGGCUGUUACAUGAUGAAGCACUACCGCCUGACUGCAUCUGAGGCCAUCGCCUGGAUGAGGAUCUGCCGGCCAGGAUCAGUCAUCGGCCCACAACAAAACUUUGUGGAAGAUAAGCAGAUCAGCUUGUGGUCGGAGGGAGAUGUUUUCCGGGAGAAGAUGAACGAGCAGGAGAACGGCAAGCUGGCCGUCACCAGAAUCCUGUCGGGGGUUGAUGACAUCACUAUCAACGGCAGCAACAAAAGCAGGAUGUCCAAAAAGGAAGAGGCAGAACUGUAUAGUGACGAUGAGGAGAGGAAUGGCAUCACCCAGGGUGAUAAACUGCGAGCCCUGAAGAGCAAGAGGCAGGCGAGAACAACCACAGGUUCCCUUUCACAAGAAGAGAACAAGAUUCACACCAGGUCCUCAUCGCAGUCUUUAAGGAUUCUCCUGCAGUCUAGUGGGCCUGAUGCCUCAGACAAUAGGAAGAGAACCAGAACCUCGCUGCCUGCCAACAGUGUGGGGGGCAGCUCCCUGUGCAGCUCCAGACUAGCCAGGUCUCUAGGCAGCAUGCAUGUAGUGGCCAGCGACAGAGAGCCAGUGUGCUGUGAGUCCAGUGGCUGCCAUAGAGACACAGCCACCAACGCAGGCAGCACAGGCAACCUGCCCAACCUAAACAUGCUGCAGGCCCCUCAGAAGCAGACGCACUGUGUCCAGAGGACGGAAAACUCGAUGUUCUUUACAAUCAAUGCGCUUUACGAGACUAUGUCACUCCAUACCCAAAGCUAGAGCUCCUCUACUGCGCUGAGCCUGAGAUUCUGGAAUUCUAAGGGAGUACAGUCUACCUGCAGCUCCUGCAAAUGGAGAUUUUUGUUUUCAUUUCUUAAGCGGGACUGGGUUUAUUUUACUUGAACCAGUCCAGUCAAUUGCUGAUUUUAAGGGAUGUUGAUGAGGAAAUGUGAUGUCUCGGUUUUUCUUCCCAUUCAAUCAGAUGUAAACCAUGUUCAGUUAGUUUGGAAUUAAUUUGCCAUCCCCUUUUUAUUACUAUAUAUAUAUAUAUAUAUAUUAUAUUUCACUGUUUAUAUCAUGAAACAAAACUGUGUCCUGGCCAUAAGUAGUGGGAAUAGUGCCAUUUCAAAUGUAACUGCCAAAAUAAAGGAAA